UCGGAAUUGUAUAGGAAAUUUGGAAAAAGAAGAGUUGAGAGAGUGUCUCUCCUGGGUACAUUCGCGACCCAGUUCUCUUCGUCCGUACAACCUAUGGCUUCGCUAAUCUUGGUCUGAUAGUGUUAAAGACUAAUUCCCAGGUGUUCCUUGGUCGAUUCUUAGCUCUAAGUCCAUUUCCGAGUCCGGAAUUGCAAUUAGAAUGAUGAAUUACGGCCAAAUAAUGUGAACUGAUUGUGUUGUGUACUGUUCAUCUGCGAAUCGUUUUUGUGUAAACAGAAUUAAGGCGUGAGUUGUGUUUCGUCAAGCUUAGGAUCUGGUUUGUGAGCAGAGAAAGCUUGUGUACUGUAACCUAAGUCGCGAUUCAUCGUCCUUGUGUCCUGCUAUGGCGUUAACCAACCGUAACACACGCUCUUCAUCCAGAUUUUCUGUACUGGCAGGGUCGGAUAAAGAGUUCCCGACGCUGAGUGAUGGGAAUUUGAUGAAACGGUCAGAGAGGGUUCUGAUUGAUGCUGCUACGAGAGUGAAUUCCUCUGAGAAUGCUGCUUUGAAACAGGGGACUGGUACUACACUCAAGCCUUCUGUGAAACAGGGGACUGAUGCAGUAGGUGUACCUGUGGAAGCAGCUGCUACUGCUGGGAAGACACCUGCGACUAAACCUGCCUCUUCUGAGGCUUCAGCUGCACCUGCGUUUAAAGCAAGUGAUGCUACUUCUGAGACCUUACAUGUUGUGACUCCUACUGCAACAAAGCCGCCUCAUGCUGCGAAAGAAAAAAAUGCUGCUAAGAAGCCAAAUUUGGCAGUAACUGAUAACGCACAGGUUAUAAAGCCAACUUUGGCAGUAACCACUGAUGCACAGGCAGCUCAGCCGAAAUGGAAUGCCUUUUUAAGGAUAAUCGUGAUCCAAGACAUGGCAUCAAACUGAGAUAUGUCCCUCCUAAAGGGGAAACCUUGGACUUUGGAGAUCGUGUAUUACCUUCCAUGGUCGAAAUGUGGGGCUACUGCCUAGUUGGACACUUCACCGGAAAAUUCCCCGGACUCAAAGCGGUUCAUGAUCUUAAAGCUACAUGGGGUGUGAGAUGUCUUGUCAGGUCCCAUAACAAGGGAUGGCUAAUCUUUAAAUUCACAAAUGAGGAGGAUAGAUUGAAGGUACUACAUGACGGUCCUUACAAUGUUUUUGGGAAGCUCCUAAUGCUCAAAGAACUCUCGGAUGACUUCUCGUUUGAGAAUGAGGAGUUUCUUAAAGUACCAAUUUGGGUCAAGUUCCCUAAAUUACCAAUGAAGCUAUGGAAUGACGAAGCUAUGAGUGAGGUAGCAUCUAUGAUUGGGGUCCCAAUAACCACGAACAAGAUCACUCAAGAGAGGGCAAAUAAUGAAUUUGCUAGAGUGCUUAUCGAAGUGGAUGUUUCAAAGCCACCGCCACUUUCUUUUCCUAUACGACUACCUUCCACAAAGGUAAUCAAACAAAGUGUGCUUUAUGAAACUUUUCCUAACUAUUGUUUUCAUUGCAAAGAAUUUGGGCACCACCCUUUUAUUUGUAAAAAGCUUGCCAAAAGGAUUGAUGGGGAAAGUGAGAACAAAGAACCGAGUGUUGAAACAAAUAAGGUUGUUGUUAGUGAGGCCACUCGGACAGAGGUUGCUUCCCAGGGAUACCCGACCGGGGGUACAUCUGGCCCGAGCGGGCCUCUUGCAAAAAUUGCAGCAGUUGCUGACCCUGCUGCCUGCCCGACCAGGCAUACCAUCAACCCGACCGGGUCUACCGGGCAGUCUGCAAGAACUGCCACUUUGUCCGUGACUGUACCAGCUGCAUAGGGACUUUCUUAGGUUGAUAAAGCCUCCGAGGUUGGUUUGAAAGAUGUCGAGAGGACUGUGAUGGACCAAAGAGAUGUGAAGCAGAACGAUGUGGUUAUCAAAUGUGAGAUAAUAAACGGUAAGACACUUAAGUUAGUUGUCAAACCGUUUAGAUUCGUACAUGCUAGUGUGAUUAGAGUGGAUACCUCUCUGCGACUUACGGAUGAUUUGGAUAGGAAGGGCCUUACAUUUACCGCGAAAUGUCUUGAAGGAUUGCCGGGAGUUACAAAGAAGAAAGGGGAGGUUUGCUUUGAUUCAAAGUUCACUACUCCUUUCCGAUGUUUUCUUGGAUGUUAAAUUAGUACUACCUAAUUGUGUUGAUGGUUUUUCAGAUUAUUAUUGCUCCUAAUGUCUUUUAGGUUCAAUAUGGUUGACUUGUGAGGAUGUUUAGUCUUGAUAUUGUGACAUCCCAUUUAUUGGGAUAUGCACUUUGUUUGUAACAUUAAUUUGUGAGGUGGGGUCUGUCCCAUUAUCUUGAUGCAUUAUAUCUAGAUUAGUUUAUUCUAGCUUAGAUAGUCAUUUUGAUUUGGAUGUGAUGCAUUGUAAAAUGAUAUUUUUUUGAUUUCUAAUAUACUUACAUGUUAUCGAAAAAAAAAAGAAUAUCGGAAUUGUAUAAUUAAUAACUAUUCCAUUCCCUUAAUAAUUAUUUCCCAAUUACGAUUUACUUUGCUCAUUUAUAAUCAUUAACCCAAUCUAAUUUAAUUCGGUCCAGAUUCCUAUAAUAAAGGAUACGACUCAUUUAAGUCAAUUCCAGCCCAUAAUAAUAAAACUGAAACCCAACUAAUAGAUUAACGAGUACGUACUUUCUUCUUCGCAGGUUGAUGCCGGCCAACGACUUGGCGACGGAUACGGUGAGGAUUCUCCGGAGGUGGACUGACAGUGGCAGCUCUCCUUUCUGGUGGUGGUGGUUCGUCCAGUGACUUCUUCAGUUCGGCAGCAGAACUCCCGCGAUGCUGCAGUCCCGGCGAUGGGUGUUUUGUCGGCGAAGCUUAAACUUUGGCGACGCAGCAAGUUCGUUCGCUAUCAUGGUCGUUAGUUUCAGCAGUACUGGGGAAACACACUUUUCUAUCUCAACUGCGCGGCGAAACAAAGAGCAGGUCAUUCUUUGGUCCUGGCCUUCCCGAUGUCAAAAGAAAGCAGUCUGGUGCGGUGGUCGGCUGGUGGCGAUAAUGAGAUUGGCGCGACCCGUGCGGCGGUUCCUUCUAUUCCCUUCUCUCUCGUUCUGGUUUUCUCCCUCAGCGAAGAUAUAUAACAGAAGAAGACGGUUCAUAAUUCUUUCUGGUUUUCUUUUUCCUCGCAGGUUUUGGAUGCGGUGACUCAGCCGAUUGUAGACUAGUAGUAUAUAUACAUGCUCAAGAAGGUUCUAGGUCUAGGGUUUUAAGCCGUUUUCCUUUUUAAACUUGCGCAUAAUAUACGAUGUAGUAGCGGUCAUACGUUGAAUGUAGUACGCAUAUGUUUUCCUUUUGAUGUAUGGGCCUGGACUUGAUCAAUACGUAGUAUUAUUAGAAUGAUAAAGUCAACACUGUACUAUUAUUAGCUUUU